AUGGACCUGACCGCGCUUUCAGACGACGAGGCCAAGCACGUCUGGGAGGUCAUACAGAGAGACUUCACCCUCAGGAAGAUAGAAGAAGAGAGACUGGGGGACCUAAAGACUAAGAUAGAGAAGGAGGACACUAAGAUUGAGCUGCUGGGUACUCAGACCACCCUGGUAGACUCUCACUGUAUCCGCUGUCUGCAGCCCUUCAAGUUCCUGGUCAACAGUAAGCGUCAGUGCAUAGACUGUAAGAUGUACACCUGCAAGGCAUGCAGCCGCUACAACAAGAAGGAUCACGGCUGGGUGUGCGACCCCUGUCGUAUGACAAGGGUCCUGAAAAUCGGAACAGUGGGAUGGUACCAUGACAACGUGCGCACCCGUUUCAAGCGCUUCGGCAGUGCCAAGGUGAUGAAGUCUCUUUACAAGCGACUCAACGGAGAGGGCGCCCGUCGUGACAGUGACACACAAAGCAUGCCCGAUAUCCGCAGUAAGUACAAUGGUCAUGAUGAGGACUAUGCAGAAGCAGAAGCUCAGCGAUACAAAAUGAUGCGAAAGAACAAGCGCCUGCUCUCUGUUCAUCCCAUGGACUUGGAUGUGGAUAUAGAAGAGUAUUUUCCACCCCACUCUCGCACUCACUCUCGUCGACAAUCCUACCAGCAGAUCCAGGAGGAGCGAAGCGGUGGUCACCGGGGUGACACGGAGUACAUGGACUCCAUGCAGCAACAACAACAUCGCAUGAACCGUAGGAAGAGCCUGGAUAGGUACAACAUGCGCCCUGAUGAUGGGCAGUAUGGGAUGGUGCGUGCCCGCUCCCUGUCCAAGAUCAGCUCCUCUAUGAACCGCCAGCACUAUGUGGACACGUCAGAAGAGGAAGAGGGAGGGCGCAACACCAUGUACCAGACCCCCUAUCGCCGACGCCCUUCCUACAGCCGAGUUGGCUCUCACGAGAACCUGCAGGUCCCAACACAGCCACCGGUCAAUGCGCUAAACAAGCGCAUGUCAGCCAUAGAGAGUCUCCUGAACCGGCUGGAGUCCAAGAUGACUCUACCCCCCGACGAUGAGGCGACGUCCCCGACCGCUGCACAGAUAGAGGAGGAGAAGCUGAGGAGGAAGCUCAGCGAGCUGGCGGGGAACAUCAGUGUUCCCUCCUCCGACGAGGAAGCAGGAGGGGGGAAGAAGACCCCUUUAUUAAAGAGGGCCGCUGUGAAGAGUAACCUCCCAGUCCUCCCCCUGGAGCCCCUCAGCUCCUCCAGCGAUGAGGGGCCCACUGAGGCUCAGCAGGUGUACAUGACCUCAGGGAAGUCUUUUGACCUGGAGAAGAAGCUGAGGCAUCUGGAGCAGAGUGCCAAGAACCGCUUCGGAGGGGCCACAGACUCGGAGCUCUCUGACCUGGAGGACGUGGUGGCCCUGACUGCACAUCGGGUCCAGAGCACUGAAAGUGAGGUGUCUGAUUUGGAGAACAAGCUUGCUGCUCUAAGUGCCUCAGGGAAGAAAAAGAUAUCAGGUUCGCAGAACAGGAAAAGGUUUAACCAAGACUUCCCCACAAAACCCAGCAACGGCUCAGGAUCCCAAAGGAAAUACAAUCACAUGUAA